AUGUCACAAUUGUUGAAUCGUAUACGUCGACGAGCUUCGCAUGACUACAUGGCUAUUCCAAAUGAGCAUAGCGAACAGCAUUUCGAAUCAGCGGAAGUAGUUCGUGAUAUCAUUAUUGGCUUAUCAGAUGGUUUGACUGUUCCAUUUGCAUUGGCUGCCGGAUUGUCAUCUUUGGGAAAUAGCAAGAUUGUAGUGUAUGGUGGUGCAGCAGAGCUUGUGAGUGGUGCUAUUUCGAUGGGAUUAGGUGGAUACCUUGCUGCCCUUUCAGAGAUGGAGCAUUACAAAACGGAGCGUAUGCGUGAAGAACGCGAGGUGGAAGAAUGCCCGCAGGAUGAGGAGGAAGAGAUUGUCGAGAUUUUGGAGCCUUAUGGAUUGGAUCGUCAGACUUUACAACCUUUGAUCGAUAAACUCAAGAGUGACCCUGAAAAGUUUGUGGAUUUCAUGAUGCGCUUUGAGCUCAACCUGGAAAUGCCCGACCCUCAUCGUAGCUGGAUAUCGGCAUUGACUAUCGGAUCUUCCUAUUUCAUCGGCGGCUUGAUUCCUUUACUGCCAUACAUUUUCAUUGAAGAGUCCACUUUUGCCUUGUACAUUUCUGUUGCAGUCACCUUUUUAACAUUGCUCAUCUUUGGUUACGUCAAGAGCCGUCUCGUCAACCCCAAGGGUGCCAUCAAGGGUGCUUUCCAGACAUUAUUAAUCGGUGCCAUUGCAGCAGGUGCCAGUUACAGCAUUGUUUACUUUUUACCUAGCGAGAACGAUAUCUGA